ACGGUUUCGUUGGUUUAGUCCAAAUCAAUAAUAUUUUAUUAUCUCUGGCGUCCCUUUUUAAUUGCUAGCUUAUUUGAGCGAUAAUUACGCGCCGAGAGAGGAUAAAAAGCCCCAAGCGACGUGCGGCGGUUUCAGUCGUUAAAAGGACAGACAAGCGCUACACUUGUCUCACUACAAACAGACAUUCCGCGAGAACCACUUGCGUCAUGGCUUCUAACAACACCUCCACUACAGCUCCAGAACUAGAAUCCGUGUGUUCGGUAGCUACUCAGCCUGUAUUUAUUGUCUACACUGUAUUUCUCGUGUUAAUCAUGUUGGCCACUUUGUUUGGAAACGCUCUAGUAAUAACCGCGGUUUAUCUGUUCCAUCGCUUGCGACGAAUGACUAAUUUCUUCAUAAUAUCACUGGCGGUUUCCGAUCUGCUGGUCGCGCUGGGUCACUUACCGCUUCGCAUCGACCAAAGCACGCACAAUAUGAAUUGGUGCUUCGACAAGGCCGAUGGAGUUGUCACGACUUGUGCAUACUGGAUAGCCGUGGACACAGUCUUUAGUAGUGCCUCCAUCUGUAAUCUUGUCGUCAUCUCGAUUGAUCGCUUCCUAGCUAUCACCAAGCCUUUCGAAUACCGAAGCAGAAUGACAAAACGGGUUGGAUUUUCUUUGAUCGCGUUUGUUUGGGUGUAUGCAAUGCUGUGGGGUGUUCUAAGCUUGGUUGACUGGACGGGCGAGUCCACGCCAAACAACCCGCAUAUUUCCGUCACGUUCAAAGCCGACACACAAGAGAGAUCAUGCGGCAAGAAAGAUAGAGUUUACUACACUACAGCCAUGGCCGUAGCGUUGUUCCUUCCGCUUCUUAUAGUGAUCGUGACAUAUUCGUGCGUGUUUCGUGUUGCCUUUACACAAGCAAAAGCAGUAGCUUCGCUGGACCCGAACAAGGGAAAGAAGCAUAUCUUGCGCGAGCUUAAAGCGACCAAAACCAUCGCUGUUGUCAUAGGAGCGUUCAUCGUCUGUUGGCUACCUGGUUUUAUUAUGAUAGUUUUAAGUUUGUGGUGUGAAAAGCUUGCUUCCAACCGUUCGUGGAAAACAAGAAUCUCUCACUGGCGAUUAGAAUCAUUUUUGUGUUCGUUUUGCCGGUCAUGAACAGCUCAUUAAACCCUCUGAUUUACACGCUCUUCAACAAGGAGUUUCGUCAAGCCUUCAGUAGGAUGUUGUGUUUGGGCCGGUCGCGAAGAAGUGAAGCCGAGGAGUUUUCUGUAACCGAGCAUGCAAAUACAAGAGCGAGUAUACAGCAUUCGCGAAACAGCGGGAGAACAUCAUGGUUUAGUUUGAAUGGACGAGAUAAACGGCCGAGUUGAACGGCAAAUUUUACCGGGGAUUUUAGACAAGAUGCCGCGCGUGUUUGACUGUUACAGCCGCGAAAACACUUUAUUGGCGAUUGUUGCGAAAUAGGGGACAAGGACCGCUAAUCGGCUAGAAUCUUGACUGAGAUGUCAUCGAUCGAAAGAAGGGAUUUCAACUGUUGAAAAAGCAGAGUAAUUCUAAAUAUUUUGACAACAAGACAAAGCCACUUCUCUUUCACUUACACCCCUGCCGCGAUUUUAUUUUAUUACAUUUUUUUCUAGCAGUGAACGGGACAUUUUUACUAAGUCUACGCCCGUAACGCCGAGUUACGGAAAAUUAAUUCGACUUUGGGUUGGUUAGAAUUGCUCUCAAAAUGGUGCUUGUAAACGAUUAUAGUCAAAAGAUUUUUUGUGCAACAGUUUUCUAUCGGUGACUUCAAAGAGUCGCCAGUUCAAACAAUCCUUAAGUUCUUUUUAAGCGAAAGAAAAAUAUUCGCCAAGGAAAAUGGAGUGAUUUUCUAGAUAGAUUUUUUUUUGUCUUGUAAAGAGAAUAUAGUUUAACGAGAUAGUGAGUAAAUUAAGAAAAAAUUGUCUCACAAGUCUGCAAAGUUGACAAGGAACAAAACCUCUUCCAUUGUGACAGCAAUUGAGAGUACACACAACACCGGUGUAUGAUUGGAACAACUUUAUUACUUUACGUCUUUAGAUCUAUAAUUAUGAUGGCUAACCAUGUCAUUAAGCUACAAUUCAUUUCACUCAAACGAGACCUCGGUAUUCGUUUCAAAUAUUCAAAAACAGUAAAAGACAACGGCAACACUUCUGUUUGCUGCUGUAAAAUGUCAUUUUAAGAAUGUCUAACCCUAGAGAUAUAAUACCUUGGAUUAUGGUAAAAUAUGGUAAUUAGGGAUAAAUUUUCCUUUUAUUUUGUGAUGUUUUUGGCGUUUAUGAUAUUUACGAUAGAUAGUGUGAAAAGUUUGUUUCAGUUAGGUUCGAGUUUUGCGAAUCUAAGCAAAUUUUGCUUGUCAAAGCCGGAAUUCUGUUUUUGAUGAAGACAAUUAAGAGCUAAGAUAUGUUAAUACUUUGACGUAUAACCUUGUAAUAGCAUUAUCAAGCGCUAUCUUUUGAGGUCAGUUUACUGUAAAACAGAAGUUUUCUUCAAUCGUUCAGUUUGUAAGGCUGUAAUUUGCAAUGUACAAAGAUUAAAACUGUGAACACUCCAUUUUAAUUUCUAGCUGUGUCUGUAGGAUUCUCGUCCUUUGUUCUUUUAAUUAACAGCUGUUCAUAAAAAACUGAUGAAUUAAAAAGAGUUAAGCUUAUGCGUGGUGGUU